AAAGCCUGAGUAUAAAUACUGCGAUCUGCUGACUGAUACUCACAGUAGACAAUUGAAUUUACGCGAAUAUGGCGCUCGGAGCACUCAAGCUAGUUUUGCUGAUCGGAGUAUUGCAUGGAUCCAUCACACUGGCUGCCGGCAAGUGUGAAGGCGUGUGCGUCAAAAUGGACGAGUGUGAAAAUACUUUCGGAGGAAUUAAUUUCGUCAACUUGAGAUUCAACGAUGAAGACUAUGUAGAAGCAGAUUGUCCUCAUUACUUGGAGGUGUGCUGUGACUUGGAACAUGUUGUUACUACUAGUGCGCCUUUGGUGUCGGGGGCAGUCAAUGCCGACCGGUCAAAGGAGAGUGAAGGGCGAUCUGAUGAAGAUAACCAGGGACAUAGUGACAGCAAACCGGAAGUAACCAGCGAAAUUCCAAAAGUGCUCAACGUCAACGAAGGGUCAAAGGAGAAGAGUUCUGAAGAAAUCAAAUCCGACACGGAUGGACCGAAAGCACACAGCUCGAGUGAAACUGUUGUGGUAGAGGAUCCCAACCUGCGUAGUACUGUUGGGGAUCAAAAGAAAGAGUUUGGGGAAUGUGGAAUUAGAAACCCCGACGGCAUGGGAUUUAAACUUGCCAAUUCCAAUUCAAAUGAAACAGAGUACGCUGAGUUCCCAUGGAUGAUGGCUAUCCUGCAGUCACACGAAGAAGAUGAAUCUAAAGUGUUGAAGUAUGAAUGUGGAGGGUCGCUGAUUGCGCCGAAUGUAGUUCUCACUGCUGCCCACUGUGUGAUGGAUAAAUCAGCUGAUCAGCUGACUGUUCGUGCAGGCGAAUGGGAUACCAUGACUACUAAUGAGAUUUUUGAUCAUCAGGAACGACCAGUGUCAUCGAUAAUUCUGCAUCCCAAGUUCAAUCGCAACCUUUUGUUCCACGACAUAGCUUUGUUGGUAGUAGCUUCGCCAUUCACCGCCGAAGAAAACGUGCAACUCGCGUGUCUGCCUCCGCAAGAUAUGGAGUUCACCGAUACCAACUGCUAUGCCGCGGGUUGGGGAAAAACUGAAUUUGAUGCCAAGAGCUACCAUGCGAUCCUGAAGAAAGUUCCGCUGCCCAUGGUCGAUAGGGCGCAAUGUCAAACCGCUCUCAGAAGUACAAGGCUGGGACCACGAUUCCGUCUGCACGAGUCCUUCAUCUGCGCCGGUGGCGAGGAAGGAAUCGACACCUGCACCGGAGAUGGAGGCUCUCCCCUAGUCUGCCCGGUUGCCGGCACGGAAAAUAAGUAUUACCAGGCUGGUAUUGUCGCUUGGGGUAUCAACUGCGCCCAAGCUGGAAUUCCUGGCGUCUAUGUGCGCACAUGUUUGUACACCAACUGGAUCGAUGGUGAGCUGUUGAAACUCAAUUUUGGCUCGGUAGAUACACGUAGCAAUAUCGAAGAAUAAAAGUAAAUUAUUAAAUAUGUA